AUGCCUCCGAAGAAGAAAUGUACCCACAAGGCCAGGAAGGCAGAGCUGAUAUUCCUUGAGAGGCCGCGAGAGGGACCCGUCCAAUGCUACGAAACUCCACUACAUUCGGCCGAGAAUCCAAGACGUGCUCCUGCGAGACCUGUACACCAGAACACCUCUGCUGCCUGGGUGUGCCCACAGUUUGAAACAACUAACUCAGUGGCACUGAAAGCAUGCCAGAAGAAGCACUGUGGUCCUCACAAACCCCAGAAUCAGGAUGCCAACCACAAUUUGCUCCAUGCAGGAGGAGCUUGUCGAAGAGCUACAGUCCGCAAACUUCGUCCUUUGACUUUUGAGAAUCCAGAAGGAUAUACAGUCCACCCCUCGGAUCAUCUGAGUUGCUCCAGGAAGAACACACAGCACUCUCACAGUCAGCCCAAGAAAGGGACAACAGCAACAGCAGACAUCCAGGUGAAGAGCCUGGGGAGCUGUAGAGAAAUACCUUCAUCACCUGCUCCUCAGCCUGUGGAUCCAGAGGUCUUUACUCCAGACACUCCACAGGUGCCUUCUGUAAGGAACUGGAGAUGCAGCAGCAGUGCCUGGCAUCCAGAAACAGAGCUGGCAUCGGGUACAGACCCCUGUGGGAGCGGGGAGGCAGCGGCAGUACUGGUUACAGACACUCCCGAGCAUGAGUAUGGAAUAAAGGUUACUUGGAGGCAGCGGCCUCACAUCAUGAAAUAUCUGCAGGAGAGGGGGCAGCUGAGUGCUGCUGACAUACUGGUGACGGCGAACCCCGAGCUCUCAAGGAGACAGGCCAACGUCUGACUUGGCGGCAGCAGCAGUUACGUGCAAAGACACAUCCAAACCGACCAUCUCGCUUCCAAGGAUGAGGAGGGGAUUCAAAAGCCAAGCCCCGCGCUGCGGCCGGCUGAGCUUCCUGAGAAACGCCGCAGAGACACAGCGGGUGUUUUCCGGGGGACGGGGGGCUCUGACGGGCGCUUUCUGACCUGCGCCGUUCCUUGGCGGGACUGGGGCUCCCGGC